UGGCGGGAGAGGUUGAGGCUCCUGAGGCUGAAGUUGAUAUUCAUUCCGGGCUCGGUCGGGCAGUAAGUCACAAACGGUGGCCAGAAGAGGUUCGUCGUGGGUUUUUGACCAGAGCAAAUCGGAACGCCGGUUUUUCGCAUUUGUUGUUCUGUCCAGAGUCGGUCUGAAACCGGGCGGAGAAGUAGGCUUUGCGCAAUUGCGCGCAAAACGGCACCGCGCACUGCACAAGUGUGAUCGCGAUCGCGGUUUUUGCUUUCGGAAUCAAGGUCUUCCCACAUACGGUUUUCAAAGAGUUGGACUGGCGGUGGGUCGGUCGGUCGGUUGGUCGAUCGGUUGAUCGUUUGCUUGGUAUGGUGUGAAGCUGCAGUUAUUUCUCGUGGAUUUUUUUUUCUAUUUUGCUAUUACAACCCUCAUAAUAUUGGCAAGUGCGUGCGAAACGUAGAGUUACGAUUGGGGCUUGAGUGGCUAGAAUUGAGGAUGCGUGGAGCAAUCUUUCGCCGUUUGAGUUCGGAACGUUGAAGAGUUGCGGUUAAGGGAUCCCUGCUCGAACCGAGAAGUGUUUUGAAUGGGCAGUAGGCUCGAGUGUGUUGGAGCUAGGAAAUCGUUAUCGCGUGGUGGUUUGCAUGCGGAGGUGGUUGUUUACGGAAAAAAUCACUCGAAGAUAAUUAGAUCAAUCGCUGCCGUGUGUGUGUUCCGUUCUUUAUUUGAUGGAGUAAACCUCAACGGGAAUAGUAGCUGUUGCUAGAAACGAGAAUUAAUUGGGUGUCUGCUAGUUGGUUACAGUGGAUUGCGGAUUGUUAUUGUUGGUUGAAGAUUUUUUUCUGACCCCUGGAGAGAGAAAGCUUCAACGAGAAAGAGGACAGCGCGGUUGUUUUUUUUUCGAACGGAAUGGGGCUUCCAGCAAAGAUGUUAACGGCAGUGUUUAUAGCUCUAACCACUGUGAUUGCGUUAGUGGACUCCAUAUCCGUUUCGCCGGACAACAAUCACCAUCACUAUGGAAACGGUGGAGGAGCAGGCGGUGGAAACUAUGCUCUGCGUCGUUAUGCUACUCCGAAAGGUGGAGAAGGAGGACGACUAACUUUUCAUCACAAUGCCGGUGGAACAGGAGGAGGACCAGGGCCAGGACCAAAAGGACCGCCAGCACGACUGAUGUCACGAGCGGACAAUGGAGUGCUGCUCAGUAACCAAACGGCAGACCGUAACCGGCGGUUGAUCCCGUACAUGACGUUCUACAUUCCAUCAUCCAACGGUGACUUCAGUCUGCCAAUCAAUCAGGCGUACAAUUAUAUGCCCAUUCGACAUCACCGACCACAGGAGCAGUCCCAGCAGCAUCAUUACAGCAGCGCGAAAAUGCCCAUUCUUUCACUUCAACAGCAUCAGCGUCAACCGGGACAAAGCGGGACAGGUCUGGGAGGUGAUCCACCACUCGUCUAUCAGUCCUAUCAACCUCAAAACCAUCAAUCGUCACGUUAUCAACCUUCUUCUUCGUCGUCGUAUUCUCAAGCACCGUCACACUCCUCGGGAUCCAUCAAAACUGUGCUGAUAAACAAUUAUCCAGGAAAGUAUGAAUAUUCCCAUCGUCAUCCAGUUUCUUCACAGCCAACAUCGCUGGUUCCAACGAAUUCCGCGAAUCGCGACCAGAGUUCGGCCGUUCUGUACGGUACCAGAUCCCAAUUGCAACAGCAGUAUUCACAGCAAUCACCUUCGAAGCUGUACGCCAUCGAAAUACAGCCACCAAUACCGAAGCCAAAACCGACGGUCAUAUCCGAUGGUGCCAGCGGGGGCAGUUCCUCCGGAGGAGUUGGUCUGAAUCUACUCGUUGCCACACAGGCUUCGCCUGCUUUCGAUACUAGAUCCUCCACGAAAUACCAACCUGCUCCCGUCUAUGAGAAAUACAACAUCAAUCCGUUCUUGCCGUCCAAUAAACUACCAGGUCAAUUUACGCCAAUAACUCACAAUGGCGGUUCGCCAUCAGCUAGCAUCCAGCAAACCUCGGACAGCGGGAACAGCGCAGAAGAGGAGUCUGUUCCAGACUCGAGACCCUCUCCAUCACCCAGCUACAGUCGACCGAAGACUACCUACGUGAUUGUGAAACCUUCCCUUGAACCAAACCAGUUGUACUACCACGAAAAACCGAUUAGGCCAUCGUCUAGCUCUGGAUAUCCCUUAUCGUACAAGGAUGAACCAGAAGUCUACAAGCCAGCGACAAAACCUAUCCCUAUCGUGAAACCGAGUUACCUCAACGAGCAGGAAGUCUACAAACCUCUGUCCAAAUCGCAACUUAAUUUACUCAAAUCAAGCUACCUAGAAGGACCAGAAUUCUACAAACCUUCCCCGAAACCCAUUCCGGUCUAUCAACACGAGCCGGAAGUGUACAAACCUUCUCAGAAACCCAUACCGAGUUACCGCGACGAUUUGGAAGGGUACAAACCUGCCUCGAAACCCGACCACGCCCCCAUUCCAAUUAAUCUAGACUACACCACUCCUCGUACCAUCCCAGCCCAAAUUGAGUAUUCUACUCCUCGUCCACACCCUGCUUCAGUUCUGAAAUACAACCCAGCUCCCAGUAGUAGUCCUAGCCCACCUUACUAUCCAACAACCGUUCGUCCAAAAUUCUCCGUCCGCCAAAAACCAUCGCACAAGCAUGGUCGCGGUUCCACGAAAGCUCCUCCCCUACGACAACACCUAACCGAAAACAUCAACCCAUCGGAGAUUCGUUCCCCAAACCCAAGCUACUACGACCACUUCUCCGACUACAAAACCCACGUCAAACAGAACUACUACUCAACUCAACCAAACUACAUCCCUGCCUCGAAUCCCCCAAAAACCACCAAACUACUGAUAGCAGCACCUCAAGAUCCGAAACCCCGUCCGGUCUACCAUCACCACAAACCCCGACCAGUCACCCCGAGCAGCAUCGUAGACAGUGCCAGCUCAUCCGGUUCGACCUCCCUUGCAGAUUUGCUCAAAAAACUACAGGACAGCAACCACCUACCGAAAACGCUAACCCCCGACAACAUCGACAACUCGAUCCGAACGCUGGUCAAAAUCCUAAACAAUCUAAAGUCGUCGCAACAAAUUCACAAACCCCUUUCGCAAGAAUACAGCGAGCAAGACUACGACUACCGGCCGGAAUCGAGACCGAAUCAAUCAAACGACGGAUCAUCGCAUGAUGAUUAUGAUCAUGAUCAAAAUGAUCACGACGACGACGGUCACCUCCUGAUGCCGGAGCUGGGUAAAUCCCCUCCGGGACCGAACUCCGGCCGGCCGGGUAUUGAUUAUCCGAAUUUGGCGAAAAUCCCCGAGACGAGCUUCAGCUGCAAGGAGCAACGGUACAAGGGUUUCUUCGGGGAUCCGGAAACGAACUGUCAGGUGUGGCACUACUGUGACCUGAAUGGUGGUAAGGCUUCGUUCCUGUGCCCGAACGGGACCAUCUUCAGUCAGGUUGCCCUGACAUGUGACUGGUGGUUCAACGUCAAGUGCUCGACCACCGCCCAGCUGUACGUGCUGAAUGAGAGACUGUACAAAUACAUCCUGCCGUUCACUCCGAAGUUCCCCGAGGACUACAGUGGACCACUAGUCGAUAAAUACCUCGCCAUAAAGUUCCAAGAAAUGGAAGACAAAAUGAAGAAACAACGAGCCAAGGGUAAACCGGUCGUCCCACAACAACCGGAGAACGAAAACGACGAACUUAACGGCAACAAGCUGGAGGAUAACGACAACCGUUACAACCAGAACCAACCCCAUCCGAUUCAGUACGUAACGGAAAACUCAAUCGAAGCCACGGCCGGUCCAGUUUCAGCCUCAACUCCCAUCACCCUGGAGGACAUCAAUUCAGACUUUGAACGAUCAGGUACCACCGAAGAAGGUGGUUCCUCGGAGGAUUCCGGCGUCGGUCUUCCGAUAGUGGUAACCGCCCCGAGUGCACCGGCUAGUUCAACCGGGGCGGAAGAGGUAACCGACCGGGAGGGUCCGGUCACUGCCCACAGCCCGACAGCAGUGAUAGAUAGUAUGGCUCGCUAUGCAGCGCAGGAAACGGGACGACCCUAUGGCGAAGAGGUGAUGCACAUUCAGCGGGAAGCUCGGAUCGAGGUGAAACAUGAUGGCACAACGGGUCAUCUGACGCCUAACUACGAUUACGAAGAGAAGCGGAGGAGGUAGAAGAGAAUGUUGUCCCGAAAAAAAAAAAGAUUUUCUGUGAAUAGCGCUUUUUUGUUUGCUUUUUGAUUAAGGUUGUUACUACCGGUUUCUGGGAGGUUCUCCACGGACGAGAAUCGAGUACCGCGUGUCCAGAGAUUUUCAGGUAGUUUAAAAAUGCUUUUGAGAUUAUGACAGUGCAGUUAAUGUUACGUCCUCUGAUAGGAGUUUGUACAGGACUACGAGUGCUGUACCCAGUCUUUUCUUAGUAGUAAAAACAAUUUCUUCAUUUUCGUAGUCAUUUUUGUCUCACAACAAUCUUCCACCCGAAACCGAAUCAUGCUUAAAUUAUUGUUGCUAGUUUCAAUCAAUUAUCAUACCACCUGUUGCAUUCGGGAAUGCGCAGAACUAUGGACGAAGAAUAUUACGGAUAGAAAUAGAUAUCGAAUCAGUUACCCUUAUUUCUAUACGAUUAGCUCGAAAAGCAUUAAGUGGAUGUGUGCGUGUGUGUGGGUGCGCGUAAGUGUGACUGGUAUAACAGAUUUCACGUUUGAAAGGAAGAAAAUUGUUGUAGGAUUGUGCAAAUGAAUAUAGUCAACGAUUAUGAAGCGACUGACGUUAUAAUUUAAACAAGCAAGUGUAUGGCGGGGCAGUUUAGUACUAGACGAAACCGAGCGAGAGCCAUAUUGAUAUCGGUUAUAAUGUGCUAAAAAUAAUAAUAAUCCUAUGUAAAUUCUUAAAGAAAAUAAAUAUGAAAUUUAAA